UAAACAAUGGCCGCGUAUUGUCAGAGCAUACUAUCGAUUUGAGGCGAGUGUUAGUGUUUUUAUGUGUUUUAUAAUGUAAUUUUUCGUUUUUAUAAACAAAAUGUGGAUUCCAACAAGUACUAAGAAAUAUGGAGUUGCGAUAUAUAAUUGGAAGGGAGGCACAAAAUUCGGCCUUCCCUUGGAAAUCGGCGACACCGUGCAAAUUUUAGAAGAAUGUCAGGGUUGGUAUCGAGGUUUUUCUACAAAAAAUCGAUCGCACAAAGGCAUAUUUCCACAGUCUUACAUACACCUCAAACCCUGCAAAGUUGAUAAUGAAGGUCUUUUCGAAAGUGUGGUUCCUUUGGAGGAUCCUAUUGUUCGUGAGGUAACUCUUGUGUUGAGAGAAUGGGGAAGAAUUUGGAAAGGAAUUUUUGUGGAGAGGAACCACUACAAAUUUGAAACCGUUGGUAAAGUAAUGCGGGAUCUUCUAGAAUGGAGGAGACAACUCGUCAUGGGUACAUUAACUCACGAUCAAACCACUGAUUUGAAACUAAAAAUUAUUCAGAAAAUAGAUUGGGGCAACCGGAAAUUGGGUUUAGAUUUGGUUCCCAGACAAAGUGCUAAUAUGGUAGAGCCCGAUUCGAUGUCAGUCGUCGAAUUAUAUCAUGUACAUGUGGCUAGUGCUGAAAAUAUCCAAGGCGUUUCUGCUAGGGGUACAAUUAAAAGAAAAGAACAGAAAAAAACAUUGACUCAUCACUUAUAUUUUUGCAUGAGAGAUUUUGGUCACCACAUUGGUGAAGAUACAGAAAUAUAUUUUUCACUGUACGACGCUUCCAAACAAAAAUAUAUAACGGAACGGUUCCUAGUCAAAAUUUCCAAAGAUGGUUUUUCCAACUACGUUGAAAAACUACAUAGUAACUGCACAAUUUUUACGGAUUUGGGUAGUGCAGAAUUGAACAAAGAUAUUUAUAUAGUUGCUCAUAUAAUGAGGAUAGGAAGAAUGUUAUACUCAGAUAGCUCUAGAAAGACUGAGAAAAUAGCAGCUCAACAGCAGAUAUUUAAAAGGCCACAUGGGGUAGCUGUGCAAAACUUGGGUGAUUCUUUAACUAGUAAAGAAAGUGAUACUGAUGAAAGAGAAUUCAAUAUGAAGGUAUAUCAAGCCGAGGAAAAAGACUUCCAUCAACUCCACGAAUUUAUAAUAAAGCAAUCUGGAAAGUUCAGUUCACUGUCGGGUCACAUUAAUUACGGAAUUAUGAUAAGUGUUAAAAUGUUACAUGGUGAACUAAGAACAAUAACUGAAGAAAAUCCGUUAUUAUAUAACAAUGUUUGUUUAACUAGUAAAUUAGGUUUUCCAGAUGUGAUAAUGCCCGGGGAUGUACGGAACGAUCUCUAUUUAUAUUUAGAUAGAGGAGAAUUUGAAAGGGGAGGAAAAUCUACAGGAAAAAAUAUCGAAGUUUCCAUAGUUGUGCUAGAUAGUGAAAAGAGAAUUAUUAAGAAUUGUUUAUGGGGUGCUUCGGGAAUGGAACCUAUUUCCGAGUAUAAUUCAGUUAUUAUUUACCAUCAUAAUUCUCCUGUUUGGGGUGAAAAUGUAAGACUAACUCUACCAAUCGACAAAUUUGCUGGAGCUCAUGUUCGGCUAGAAUAUCGGCAUUGUUCAACAAGAGAGAAAAACGACAAAAAGCUUUUUGGAUUUUCGUUUCUUCGUCUUAUGGAUACUGAAGGCGCUGCCGUUCAAGAUGGCCAUCACGACCUUUAUAUUUACAAAUGUGAAGAUCCUCCUAAAUUAGAAAAUUGUGGUUAUCUCUCCCUACCGGCGUUUGCCAGAGAUUUCGAAGGUAAUCAUGAAGCUAGCGGUCAGUUCUCCAGAAGUCACAAAGAAAUAGUUUCCAUAAAGACACUAUUGUGCUCAACAAAACUCACACAGAAUGUUGAUUUAUUGGCGUUACUUAGAUGGAAAUCUCAUCCUGAAAGAAUACCUGAAUCGCUACAUAGGGUCUUAAACUUAGGUGACGAAGAAUUCAUAAAGUUUUUGCAAGAUGUUUUAGAUGCAUUAUUUGCACUUUUUUCUACUGAAGAUGGAAAUUCGACUGCGUACAGUGGACCAGUAUUCCACGUUUUAGUAUCUAUUUUCAAUUUAUUAGAUGGCUCAAAAUACCAGUACUUCAAACCUGUACUAGAGGCGUAUAUUAAAAAUCACUUUUCAGCUGCACUUGUGUAUAAGGGCCUUUUAACAAGCGUGCAACAUUGUGCCGACUGGGUGUCAUCUUUUGAAAAACAAGAACCAAUUCAAAAGUGCUUCAAAAGUUUGGAGUAUAUAUUUAAACUAAUCAUACAAAGUAGACUUCUAUUCUCACGGGCCACAGGUGGUCACUUUGAAGAUAGUUUUCGUAGGGAUCUGUUUAGUGUUUUUGUAUCAUUAAAUAAAAUGUUGGGAAUAAGUGAUAACCAUAUCAUCAACACACAGGUUGCACUCUUAAUAACGAUAAGUUCUGUAUAUGAACAAUUAACUGAUGUUCUUCCGACAAUAGAAGUUACAAAGCUUGCAACAAAUAUGUUGGAUUCUUUACCCCGGGAUUUACCUUCAUUAUUAAUUCAAGCUAAACUCUCAUGUAUUAAAAAUAUCGUCACUGGAAAACUUUUUCAAGAUGAUGAAUCUCGAAACAUUCUUCUUGUAACAACUUGUAAGCAUCUCAGGUUCCACUUAAUGCGAAGAGAAGAACUGAAGCUUUGUACAGAUAUCCUUGGAGAAAUAUUGAGUUAUUUAUUUAAACAGAGGAAAGCUAGCGAAGAGCCAGGAAAGGUCAACAAUUGUAUCCAUCAUGACGUGGACACCUUGUGUUUGGCUAUACUUGAAGUCCUCAUACAAACUAUACUCACUAGUAUUGACAAAGAUGUGAAGGUGUUUGGCUGUUUGGUUGCUUGUUUGAUUGGUAUCCUGCAACUUCUUGACGAAUUUCAUUACAAAAGGUUAUGGGAAGUAGUAAUGGGACCUCAUCAGGACAGGAAACCUCUCAAAGAUUUCCUCCUUAGAGCUUUUCUAGUUUUUAGGAACCUAGUGAGGAUGGAGGUAUUUCCUCCGGAUUGGUUGGUCAUCAAAAUGUUGACAAACAAUGUGAUUCUGAAAGCACUGCAAGAAUUUGCUCAACCUUUAGCGUUUAAGUUUUUAGAUAGUCGGGCUGGAUAUUUUGAUAAAGAAUUAUGGACCAAUUAUUUCAACUUGAGUGUGGACUAUCUGACCCAAGAGUCUUUACAAUUGGAACAAUUUUCUGAUGUUAAAAGAGAAAAGAUUAUAGAGAAAUAUGCUGAUAUGAGAGUUCUAAUGGGAUUUCAAAUUUUGUCUAUGUGGUCCCAAUUAGGUGAGUGUAAACUUCAUUUUAUUCCCUCAAUGGUAGGGCCAUUUCUUGAAGUGACCUUGGUUCCUGAAAUAGAGUUAAGAAAAGCUACAUUGCACAUAUUUUUUGAUAUGAUGGAAUGUGAACAACGAGCCAGAGGUAAUUUUAAGCAAGUAGAAUGCGAACUGAUCGACAAAUUAGAUAUUUUGAUCUCAGAAAAUAAGGGCGACGACGAAUAUAGACGAUUAUUUAAUACAAUUUUAUUGGACAGAGUACAAUCUGAAGAACCAGUUUGGAAAGAAAGUGGAGUUGCUUUCAUUAGCUCAAUAACAAGGCUUCUUGAACGCCUUCUUGAUUAUCGAAAUGUAAUCCAAGGAGAUAAAAAUAGAGAUAAAAGAAUGUCUUGUACAUUCAAUUUAUUGAACUUUUACAAAAAUGAAAUAAACAGAAAAGAAAUGUAUCUCCGGUAUAUAAAAAAAUUACACGAUUUACAUUUAUCUGCCGAAAAUUAUACCGAGGCCGCGUUUACUUUAAAAUUAUAUGCCGACCAACUUGCUUGGAGUAAUAAUCAAAUUUCUGAUCCUAACUAUCCUGGACACUCUGAAUGUCAAGUCAAGGAAUUGCUCUAUAGGCAAAUUAUUAAUUAUUUUGAUAAAGGAAAGUGCUGGGAAAAGGGGAUACCAUUACUUAAAGAAUUGGCAAAUUUAUAUGAAAAUAUUUUCUUUGACUACAAAUUAUUAAGUGAUAUUUUGAGAUAUCAGGCUAAAUUUUAUGAUAACAUUUUAACACAACUCCGUCCCGAACCGGAAUAUUUUCGAGUAGGAUUCUAUGGUUUAAGUUUUCCACUUUUUGUAAGGAAUAAGCAAUUUGUAUAUAGAGGACUGGAAUACGAACGAAUCGGUGCCUUCACACAGAGAUUACAAACAGAAUUUCCAUCCGCUCAAUUUUUAAUGAAAAAUACUCCUCCAGAUGAUACAAUUAUGAAUGCUGAUGCACAAUAUAUUCAAAUUUGUAACGUGAAACCAAUACCUGAACCGAAUCCUAUUAUUUUGGCGUCCGAUAUUCCCGAAAAAAUUUCUAGAUUUUAUCAUUACAACGAUGUGCGCAAAUUUCAAUGCGACCGUCCAGUCCAUAAGGGUAUUAUUGACAAGGAUAAUGAAAUUAAAACUCUCUGGAUAGAGAGAACAAUUUUAGAAAUCAGCAAUGUACUUCCUGGAAUUUUGCGCUGGUUUGAAGUUAUUGAUCGUCAAACUGAAGAAAUUCCUCCAGUUCAAUAUGCUUGUGAAACAAUGCGUAACGUGGAAAAUGAAUUGAGACAGUUGAUAACUAUACAUUCUAUGGACCCGAAAAGAAAUUUGAAUCCGUUUACAAUGAGACUACAGGGUAUAAUAGAUGCUAAUGUACAAGGGGGAUUAAGCAAAUACCAACAAGCAUUUUUCACCAAAGAAUUUGCAAAACUAUAUCCAGAACAUAAAGUGUAUGCUGAAACUCUAAGAGAAUUGAUUAUUAACGCAACUAGCGUCAUUCAAGAAGGUUUGAUUUUGCAUGGCAAAUUAGCACCCCAGAGUGUUCAACCCCUACAUCAAAGGCUUCUAGAGAGAUUUAUUCAGUUGAAAGAAAGUCUAGGCUCUUUCAACCAACAAGCAACCAAUAGUAUUGUAAAUACUCCUCUUCCCCCAGUACCUACUGAAAAAAGGUUGUUAAUGGAAAAUGGAAGCAACCGAUCUUCAGGGUCCAGUGGUAAUUAUGGACAUCUAGUAGACCACCAUACAGCUGAAUAUGAUAAUAUUUAUACAAAACCCGCAGAAAAUGAACGAUCAACUUUAAAUAGAGAAAAUCUGUCUUUACCAAUGCCUAUUAAUAGUAUAGCACCACCGAUACCACAAAGGGAAUGCAGACCUCGAUCUCAAGGAUUCAACAAUCCGAGUUUUGCUGAAUUAAGAACUCCUACAAGAGGACCAGUCGAAUAUAAUAGUGGAAGUCUACCAUCUAUGAAGUCUAGGGAUGCUGAAUCUGGUGAUUUACCACUUCCUCCAAAACCGACGCAUUCAAGAGAAAGGUCUCUGACAAAACCACCGUCUCCAAGACUGCUUAGACAUGCGUUAUCAAUGACUCCUACAGAUAGCCAACAUUUAAGGAAUUCUUGGCCAGAAAGUGGUAACACAGAAGAAGCACCUCCACUUCCGCCAAGAUCACACACUCCAGAUAAACGAGUACACAGCUUACCAAACGAAACGCCUCCAAACAUUCCUAAGAGAGGUCAAAAGAAAACAACACAAUCUAUGUGCAGUGUAGAGUAUCUUCCAUUGGAAGAUUCUGGUCAAGAAACUAACAUUGUUACGUCAAACAACAGUCUUAGUACACAUGUAGAUAGUCACGAUCUUCGUGACUCUGGGAUAAGUAUGACAGAACCUGCAAUGAAUAAUUUUAAUACUGCUAGCUAUGAGGAUUUUGAUUUUCGAACACAUCAAGCUGAAAUGAAUAUCAAUAACAGUCCAAGUCCAAAAGCAGAAAACGAAAAUCCUCCUCCCAUACCUCCAAAAUCAACAAUUUGUUCCUUAAAUUCCAGUUUUGAUUUAGGAGGAAGUCUGGAAAGGCCUAAGCGCCGCGAAGAACUGGAUGUACAAAGUCCUGUUGAAGGUUAUUCAUGUCCUGGAAUACACAAUGAGAAUGAUACUUCGGAAAGUACUGAAAAAAAUCCCGAAUCCUAAUUCGUAACGUUCGCGUAAUUUUAUUAUAUUCACUGUGAUUUGUUUUUUUUUGUAUGAUUUAGUUAUGCUCUGUAAGACACAUAGAAGUUAUUAGUUUCAAUUUUAUUGUACUCAUUUACAUGUUUUAUUGAAUUUGUUCUUGGGUAAAAAAUUAAUUUUAAACGAAUAGUAUUGAUGAUUUUAUACCGAUAGCAUAUGUUUUUAAAGAUAAGAUUAUGGAAGCCAUCCUGUCCCUAAUCAUAUUUUUCACUUCAUAAAAAAUGGUUCUAUACUGCAUCACUACCGGUAUUACUGCCCACAAAAUUAAUGUACGUACAGUAGGAUGUAGUGCAAUGUACGCUGUGUUAUAUCUUAUUGGAAUUUAUUCCAAUCUGAAUAUGAUCAUUAUUUCUGUUGAUUUCUCAAAAAACUAAUUGUGAAUUAUUUUAAAUUGCCGACACAAAUUUCGAUUUGUCAGUCGUGAAUUCCUUAACAGUUAUCUUAUGACCGAAGUAAAUGUUAUAUUCAAUUUGGCCAUUGGUUUUUCUAGUUAGUGUUGCCAAAACAUCGAUAUUUCUUUCUGGAUUAUUCAGGCUAAAUUUCUCGUUACUGUUUAGGUCUAAGUUAGAAUUUUUGGAACUGUAGGUGAUAUUCAUACCGAACACACUGUUCACACUACCACUACAUCAACACUCACAAUUACACUGUCUGACACAAGUUUCGAUAACCAAGUUAUCGUCUUCACAGACAGAAAGUGAACUAGAACUUAUUAACUUGACUUACCUCUUUUAUACUCUAUUUUUUCAACAAUAAACCUUCUCCCGCGAAAAUUAAUUCCAGUGAAAACCUCCUUGAUGGGAAUCUUCACAUUUAUUCCUUGACCACUAAAUUAUAGAGUGGGCUGUAAGUAAUUGGCUUUCAUUACAUUUAGCAAUUUCAAUGCGUUGAAAUUCAACAAUUUUACAUUAUUAACAUCUAUGUCAUGAUUAUGACCGGCAGCGUGAUCGAUUUUUCGGUUUGUCGAUAUUUUAAAUGAGUUAUGUGCUCUUUAAACCGGACAAUAACGGAUCUCUUAGUCUGCCUAAUAUACCUCCCGUCCAAUCACCCCAGCUAAUUUCAUAUAUACAUAUAUCAUAUAUAUAUAUUUCCAAAUUUUGUAUUUUAUCCUUAUGAUUACCCAACAAUUGUUUUAAUGUGUUGUUGGAUUUAUAAAAAAAAUUAAAACCCACUCUAUUAAAUAUUCCUUCCAAUCCCUUUGUAUAAACAGGAUUGAAAGGUAACAGAACAAAUUUUUCUUGUUUUUCACUUUGAGUUUGGAAAAUAGUGGUUUCACAGAGAGAUUUCUUAAACGUAUGACGAUUAAUUAAUCUAUUUACAAUUCUUUUAUCAUAACCGUUGAGUACAGCUACAUUUUCAAGGAAAAUCUUUUCCUUAUUGUAUCUUCCGAUGUUAAGUGGAAAGUGCGAUGUACCAAGAAAUGGAGACUGGCCACUUUAUCUGGGAUACAAUGAAAAGAAUUAGCCAGGAUGUAACUGCACGUAGCGGUGUUUUUGCUUAUUACAUCAAAUUCCAGCCUAUUACUAUUUCCAAUUACUAAAGUAUCUAAAAAUGGUUACCGUCCAUUAUUUUCUAUUUCAUAGGUGAACUUUAUAGAUGGAUAUUUUGAAUAGAGUUCCAAAAUGAAUUCGUCUACGAUUUGCUUUUAAAAAUGAGUUAUGAACAGUUCAGCCAUAAACGGCCUAUCACCGUUUGUAGCAUAAAUGUUAAUGUCGUAAAAUUGUUAAAAAAUGUAUCAAAAAUAAAUUGUUAGAUGCAUUUGAAAUCAGUGAAAUUGCUGAAUCUUAGAAAAGCUCAGUAAGGACAAAGGGCAAUUUCUUACAGCCCACUCUAUAGUUUAGUAGUCAAGGAAUAAAUGUUUCUUGCCAAGGAGUUUCAGUCUCUUAGUUUCGAUAACUUGGUUAUCGAAACGCGCGUUUUAUUGUGAGUGGUGGUGUAGUGGUAGUGUAAAGAGUAUGUUCACUAUUACUUUUUUGGUAAUUACGGUUGAAAUUUCCAUUAGUGUAUCUAAAUAACGUCACAUUUCUGCCAAUCACCACAAUCUACAACAUUGCAAAAACUAUCACAACACAUUUGUAAUGAGUCGAGAAUUAUUUUGAUGAAACUGUUUCAAUUAUUCUCUGGUAUGCAAUUUCAAUUUCUGGUGAUGUGUCUUAUGAAUGGGUAAAUAGUAAUGUUUUGAAAGCAUCUCGAUAUUUUUGUUAUUCAAAGUUUGCAGAUUCCUAGACUGUUUGUUGGUAUACUGUUAGCUCCUUGGUUUAGGUGUUUGUAUCCUCACUAUUAAGUAUUAUUUCUUGGCUGCUGAUAGUAGUGCUGUUGUAAAGUCAAAAUGUUCAUUAUAAAUUGAUUGGGAUUUAAAUUAGUUUUUCUAUAUUAGUGUGGAUAAUUAUCCGACAGCUCGAGUCAGACAUUGAAUAUUUAGUAUAAGUAGAUAGUUUUUUUGUUAGAAUGUUGAUGAGAUUUUGUUGUGAAAGUUUUUAAACGAGAAUCAACUGUAUCAAUAAUUUUUCAGAUAAUGCGUAGGCUUCAACUGGAAAAUGAACCAUGCUUAUCGAUUACCUAAUCUAAUUAAUAAAAACUGAACUGCCGUAAUAGUAUGCAGGUUUUUAUAGUUUCUGUAUUGAAUCUUUUUGAUAUUUUACUUUAUACGUUUCAUAAUGGUUGUGAAUGAAAUAAAUUUCAAAUUGGAAGUAGUUUUACAGAGCCAGGACUAAGAAUAUAAUGUAGUGUAUAAACUUUUUAUUAGUAUAUUUAUCCAUUCCCUAUUGAAUAUUCCUAUAAUGUAUUUUUUAUUGGCGUGAAUCUUUCAAACAUAUUUUGUAAUUUCUAUUUUCAUAUUGUAGGCAAACCAUUUUUAGAUGAUAUAGAAAGUGUAUUAUAAACAAUGGUAGUAUAGACUACUCCACUUAAUUAAUUGUGCCAAUUUUUAUAAUUUCCAAAUCCAGAACUAUUGAACUUUCCUGAAUCAUGGUCUAUUUAUAAUUGUUAAGAUCAAUAUAUUCAUCAAGCUCAACUUUUAAUCAUAGGUAUCUAGAAAACAUUUGUAUACACAGAUAAAAUCUGUCAAAUUCUAACUGAACUAAAUAUAAUUAUUUUAAUGACAGUUUACAUGAAAAUAAAUAAAUAUCAAUGUAAUAUGGACAAUCCACAAAUUCAUUUAGGUAAUAAUCAACGAUUUUAAUAUAUUUAAAGAACUUUCCACUCGAACAUUCUGUACUGCCAAAAAUAAAUUCUAUAAAUUUGUAAAAAUUCACUCACUUCGAAUACAAUUAGUGAAUUGAAGGUUGUGUGCUACAACAUAGGUUUAUAUUUAUUCAUUGGCAUUUUUUGGCGAAUAAAAAGGAUGGUCUAACACCAGGAUUGGUAGAAACCUAUAAAGCAAAAUGCAUGUUUACGAUUAAUUUACAAAUUCCUUGUAAUCGUGAAAAUAUUCAAUUGACGGUUAGACCUAAUCAAGCUGUUCAUUUUUUUAUGUAAAAGUCUGAUCCGGGGAUAUUAAGUAUCUUCAAUAAUUGGUCUAUCGCAAUCUAAUAUUGUAAACACUUAAGUAGUAAGUAUGAUCGAAGUAUGAUCGAAAAAAAGGCAUUUUUUAUAUAUCAGUACACAGCUCUUUUCUUAUCUAGAAUACGUUUAAGCGAUCAAUUUGACUUCCUUUAGAGGCAGCUAAUUAUAAGAAAUUGAAUACUCAAAUAAUUGGCAUUGAUAUUAUACAUUUUAUAUAUUUUCAAAUUAAGCUGUUCUCGUACUACGCAUAGAAUUUUAAUAUAUCUUUUCAUUAUAAAAGUCCAUGGAUUUAGAAAGUAUUAGUAUGUAAAUUAAAAUGUUAGCUUAAUCUAACUAAAACAAUUUGAAAUUACCUUAAGCAGUUUCUUAUGGUAGAUCAUAGAUGAAUCUUUAGCUACAAGUGCAGGUCAUCUGUUGGACCAAAGAAUUGAAACUAUCAAGCUGUUUCUUACAAUAAGAUUAAAGAAAUAUAUUUUUAAGAUAGUUUUGCCAUACUAUUUCUAAAAUAAACCCAAGCAUGUGUCCAUUUGUUGUAAAAUAUAUUAUCAACUACAUUUUCUGGUGCCUUUUCUAUAACCAAUGUUUACGAACGAACGAACUAAUACACAUGAUUUUUAUGUUCAUUACUAAUAUUUGAAUAAAUAUUUGUCUAAGUUGUCAACUUCAAAUAUAAUUUUGAAAAGGCAGAAAUAGUGCCGAAAUGUAACAAUAUAUUUUAUAUAAACAUGGUUUUCAGUAAAUUGGACUUAGAAUCGAAAAAAUUCUUCCCUCUAGGUCGUUUUUACUACUAUCCAUUUCCCCCUUCAAUCUUUCAUAUGUUGUAGUUAUAUAUUUAUGUUGACUAUUACAAAUCAAUUUCUCCAACUGUGAGUCCCCUCUAGAUUAAUUUUAUUUCUUUGAUUUCCUCUUAUACAUUGAUUUUCCUCUUUCACUAUUGUACAUAUUCUUAAAAACUUCCGUUUUACUUUCAUUGGUCUUAUAGCAUAGAGAACUGUUAUCUCAUCAUGGUUUCUAAACUAAUGUAUUUGGUUUCUACCUUUUAUAUAUUACAGUAUCUACUUGUUUACCAGCUCGGUUGUUAAGUAGGGCUGGGCAAUUAUCAAAAAAUAUAAUCGAUUAUCGAUUAUUUUCGAUUAAGUAAUCGAAAAUCGGAAAUAAAGCUUCAAAAGAACGAUUGUGGUUUGAUUCCUACAAAAAACAAGAUAAAGAGCGAGUAUACCACUAGGAACAUACAGAAGACAUUAUUGUUUGAUUCCCAAUAAAAACAAACCAUAUAAUGAACCUACAGAAGAUAUUUGGUUAGUAAGAUUCUGAUAUUGAAUUAUGUUGAAAUAAUAAUUCAGAAAAUAAAUUUUUUAAUCGUUAAAUUGAUUAUUAUAUUAUUUUAACGACUGUACGAAAAAUAGUGUGUAUGCCAUAGCCGCGAAACUUUUUAACGACCUCAAGAUUAUCUUAUCUCGGCCGCAAGCGGUCUCGGCGUUCUUUCGGUACGUUAAAAAGAUAUUUCGCGGCCUAAGCAUACAAAUAACUAUUUCAGUCUUUUACUUUGUAAUAAAGCCACUUAAAAACUCUUUUAAAUUUAAUUAAACUGUACCAAAACCAUUAUUCAUUUUUGAGAAUGAAAAUAGGCAAGAAACAUUGUAUUUUAUAAAACCAAAUUCUCACAGGAUGUUGUCCACAAGCUCCACCUUACGCAACAAUCUCUUUUGUAUAUUAUUAAUUAAAAGUUAUAAUUUGUCACUAGCUCUUAUUGGGCUUGUUUCAAAAUAAACUCUUUAGUUUUAGAUUUAGGCUAGCAAGUUUCAGUUUCAUCGUAUUCAUCUACCAAUCUUUUAUCUAAUUUCAAAGAAAUAGGUAGAAUGGUAGAUCCCGUUACAUAAUUUUCUCCAGACAGAGUUUCUGAAAUGUUUUGAAUUGGAGUUAGUAAUUCUAGUAGUAGUAAAGUCAGCGUUUAGUAUCAGCUUUUAGUAAUGUCCAUUAUUAUAGGUUUGUAAAAAAUUUAGAGAUUUACUUACUUAAAUGUUAUAUAUCUAAUUAUCAAUAUGUAGGUAUUUGGUUAAAGAGAUUAAUUAAAAGGGAGUGGACUCAAACUUAAUUUUAUGUAAUUGAUUAAUAUAAUCAAUAAUUGUGAUCCAUUUAAUACAAUGUGGGCCAAAGAGAUCGAGAACUCCCACCAAAAUAAAACUAAACAAUAGAAAUAUUUCUUAUUAUUCUUUUCUCAGAGAGAGUAUUCUUAAUAGGUAAGUUUCUGCAAAGAAAAAAAAAAGAAGUUGACGAUGUCAAGUUUUGGAUCUAGUAUACCUACAGAACAGAAUAUUGAGUUACAGGUUACAUGACCACAAAAAAGUACAAAAGUGUGAAAAUUAUGAAAAAGAAUCCAUCUUUGAUAAAUUGAUUAUUCUCGAUUAAUCGAGUAUUUCCGAUUAAUUAAGUACCAACAGGACCUGACACUAUUCGCUCGUAUACUCCUACAUACACAUUAUCAUCAUGUAAGUUUGUUAUAGUAUUAUCAGGAACUAGUAUUGGAAGUUACUCUAGUCGGCAUACGAACCUAUUGUAUCACAUCAUAUGCACGUAACAUGUUUUUCAAAAUCUUUGAGUACUCACUAUCAUCUUUCAAGCGUAUAUUUACAUCCUCCAUGAUAAUAAUAGAUUUGUAUCUUGUGUAUAACUUAUCCACGAUAUUCUGUAGCUGGUCCACAAAUAUAUCUAAUUUGCCUUUACUGGUUGAUCCGUAUAUGGCUAACAAGGCACAAUGUCUGUGUUUUAUUUCAGCAGCGCAGAAUUCCGCAUGGAAAGGUUCACAAAAUUCACUAAUAUCAAUAGAUGAGAUGUGAAUAUGGCUACCCCACCAUAUAAUUUUCUAGAAAAUCUACAGUAACUAGAUACUAAUGAGUAACUUCUCAAUUUGAUACUCUCUAAACUAUCUAUAUCGAGCCAAUGCUCAUUAAUGCAGAGUAUAUCAAAUUGAUACUAGUUCAAGAAUACAGUCAAAUUAUUUACUUUAUUUAGACAUUUAGACCGAGUACUCAUAUUUUCCAAAAAGCAUCUUAUCCAUGGACAUAUAAUUGUCUUCAUAAAAAGUUUGUAUCAACACGUGAACUGGGUGUGGCAUUUCCCUGUCCUUUUUAAGAAUGCUGUCCACUGCGUUGACAGUCACCGAAAUUUUGAAUUAUGAAUAAGCACUAGAUUGACCCGAAUUUAGUUUCACAACAAUAACAUUGGGUUAAUAAUUUUUCAAAUAAUCCUUCAAAUCAUUUGGGUCUACUUCGGGUUCAAAAUUCGUCACAUGAUAAUGUCUAUGACUGUUUAUAAAGCAUACUACUGCCUUCAAUGGGCAUCGCUAUUUUUCAGAUUAACUACAUCAUGACAAAACCUGUACUUCAUUAUGUAGUGUACUUCUUGUAGCAUUAGUUGUUACUGGCUGAUUCUUCCUGGGAUUAUUACAUUUUAUAACUAAAGAAUCAUCAUUUUCUGAUAGGGUAGAAGGUAUGGUAGGGGUUGUGAUGGAUUUUUCGGUAACUCUACAUUUGAUUGCGAAGGAACUGCUUCGAUGGUAAUAAUUAUAAAUAAAGAUAGUUGAUUCUUAAGACAAUUUAUGGUAAAAUCUUGUUUUUUAAUAGCAACUUCCUGAUUUUUAAUUAUCAUAUCUUUUUGCUUUAUUAUCUCUUCUAGGUAUUUAAUAGUGAUCUUGUCUGGCAGUCCACCCAAUUCGUGAUCUGAUUUCGUAUAUUUUACUUCUUUAAUCUUUUUCUCUAUAUCUACACACCAAAUCACUGUUCCAUCACUCAUAUGUUUCAUGUUCUUUACGUCUUUUAGGCAACCAUAGUGCGAUAAAGUACUAAAUUUUGUACACCGAGAUGCUUAAUUUAUUUUUUUCACAUUUUCCCUACAUCUAGUACUUCUAGUACUAGAGUCCUGUAGUACUUCAACAUCCGGGUUCGAAAUAAUUAAUUAUUCUUAUCAUUAUAAACAGAAUGUUUUUUAUACUUACAGUUGGAUGGUUUAUAUCACUUAACUAAGUUUUUUGAUGUUCCCACAAUUGCACAAAUGAGCUAAAUAAUUAUUAACACAUUGCUCUCAAGAAGGAAAAUUUUUUCACAAAAAUACCGAGUCAAAUAUCUGAUUUCCAUGGAAUUAUUUGUCUGGUAGUAUUAAAUCAAUCUAUAGACUUUAUUUCUACCAAAAUCUUCAAUGAUUUUAGCUAAAUCAACGUAAAUGGACACAAGCUAACUUCUUUUAAAGUCCUUUAAGAUCGAAAAUGUAGUUUACUAAUAGGAAUAUAAAUCAUUUUCUUAAAAAGUAAUAACUGCAAUGUAUUUGUAAAAAUGUUUGUACAACUAUUAUGCUUUGUUCAAAGUUAGAGGUUUCUAAAAUAAUGUAUGUAAAGUACACAAGAUGAUAUUCUAUAGCAAAAAACACCUUAGCUACUAUAAUGUUCAAUUUAGUCAGGAAAAAUAAAUCUGAAUAAAAUAACUUUUCAAUUUGUAAAAUUUGAGUAAAAUAGUAUUUUUUCAAACACUCACUACCUUAAUUUCUUUAUAUUAUAUUUAUAGUAAUCGCUUGUUAUUUUGUCAAUCAACGUGUUGAGAAAUUGCAGACUUUUUAUUGUACUACAAAUUUUUAAGAACAAAUAUGAAUGAAUAAUAGUUCUAUUUUUAAAAAUUAAUGCAAACUAAAAAAAAUUUGCUUUGUCUAUAAAAUUUUGUAGAAUCACAAAUCCUUAAGAAUUUUGUCAAUUUGUGUUAAGAAUGUAAAGGUAUUUGGUAUUACAUGGAAAACAUUUGCUAAAUCAUUGAUUGACCCUUUUUUUAAACUUUACCUAGUAUGAUUUUUAUUAUUCUUGAUAAUAUUAUUAUUAUUAUUCUGAAUAGCACCUUAUGAGGGUUUGUUUUAUAAUUAAAUAUUCUGUUUUACCUUUUUGCAUUUCACUGUUUCUUUAUGUUCAUUUUGGAUUACAAUAUAUCAUUACUAUUAUAAUUUGCUUUCAUCCAAUUUUUUUAGUUAUUUUACAUUUUUGAAUUUGUCAGUCCCAUAUUAAUAUAUAAGAAGUAGAUUUAAUCAGAACUACCUAACACACUAGCCAAUACAAUUGAUAAUUCUUAUGAUUCCGUAGAUUAUUUUCUAAUGUGCUUUACUGACUACUAAAUGUUUACUUUGUGUCUGUGUUUAAUAUUUGUUAGUUUCAUUUGAAGCUAAAAUUGUAAUUUCUUCAAUACAUUGUAGUUUUUCUCCAUUAAUAAGAAAAAACAUUGUAACAACUGAAGGCCAUUUUUUGAUUUGAUACAGACCAAAUAACAUCGAAUUUUUCAGUAUGUGUAAAACUGGUGCUAUUUUUUUCGACUUACCAGAAACUACUAUUGUUUUAUAUACCAUAUUAAAUGUAUGUACUGUAUAUAUAUAUUUAUAUAUAUAUAUAUAUAUAUAUAUAUAUAUAUAUAUAUAUAUAUAUAUAUAUAAACUGUGAAUUAUUUGAAGUAGUCUAGUCUUUGUAAAACCUGCUGUUUCAGUAUUGAUAAAAUAUGCCAAUGUUAUAUAUACUCUUUAUUAUUUUAAAUUCAAUUGAUUUACUGGAGUACUUAGAAAAAAUAACAUUACAUAAUUAUGAUGUAACAGCUGAUGUCGACCAUUCAUAAAAAAUCUAUCAGUUUUUAUUAACUAUUUUGGAAAAUUUAUCCAAUAGAACCAUUGGAAUUGUGAAUACCGCAAUUGGUGAUUUUGCUUCAAAAUUAAAAAUUUUCUAUCGAAAAAAAAAAAAAAAAUUAUUUCACGUUGAUAAGAAUAAAACUUGGAGAAUCGAACUAUUUAAUGAUCAAAUUAUAAGCUAUACCGUCAUGAAGAAUUUGUAGUGCAACUUUUUCUUAUAUGUACUAAUAAAGUUACCAUAACCAUGUUACCGAAUCAAGAUUUUAAAUAUCCUUAAUGAUUCCAAUGUAUCAUUUUUUAACGGAAACCUUGCAGAAUUACCAGAAACAAUACUUUCUUUUCCUUAUGCAAAAAUGCAGAUUCCCAGAUUCCUUACAAUCCACAUAAUCGCACCGAAACGAUCCAAAAACCUCAUUAAAUUCACAUACAAAAAUAAGAAUAAAUGAGUUGAUACUUUCAAACGCAUAUGCAUGAGUUACUGUUAUUAUUUUACAUUUGAAAUUAUAUAGUUUCUUGAAAUUAAAUAAAUAGGUGAUUUUAUAUAUAAACUGAAGCAGCAGAUUACAGCGUUAAAAAUUGUAGCAAGUUUCUAGUAAUACAUUUUUGAUAAA